AUGUUUGAAAAAAUAUUAGAAAAAGUAUUGAUUUAAUAUUUUGGGAAAUUUAUUAGUGGCUUAGAUAAGAACAACUUAAAAUUAGGAGUUUGGAGUGGAAAUAUGGUUAUUGAAAAUGUUAAUCUGAAGUCAGAUAUUAUUGAGAUGUUGGAGUUACCAAUAAAAUUAGAGAAAAGCAGUGUAGGAAAAUUAACAAUCAAAAUUCCUUGGAAGAAAAUUACAAGUGCACCUGUUGAAAUUACAAUCGAAAAUGUUUUUGUGACAUUGAUUCCACUAACUGAAUGGCACUUUGAUGAUAAUUUAGUAUUGGUAAAGAAAAUUGAAGGAUUAACAAAUUAUUGUUAAAAAUGUUUGAAAAGAGGAAUUAAGAAAAAAAAAAGUGAAGAAAAAGACAAAGGUUAUUUAGACAAGAUGGCUUUAAAAAUAAUGGAUAAUAUUUAAUUGAAAAUUGUGAAUAUCCAUAUUCGAUAUGAAUCAUUUUAUAAUUGGGGCAUUACUUUAGAGAUGCUUGAUAUUUUCACAACUAACUAGAUUUGGCAAAGAUGUUAUAUCGAUAGGUCAGAGGGUUAAAAUGUGAGCAUGAAUAAGUUAUUUUAAUUGAAAAAUUUAGCCAUUUAUUGGAAUAUAAAAAGUGAAGAUAAUAUUGUGGAAUAUAAUAAAUUUAUGGAAGAAAGAAUUUUAAAAUAAAAUUUAGAAGCCAAAGAGUAUUGUAAUUUUAUCAUAGUUAUAAAUGCAGAAAUGAAGGUAGUUUAGAAUGAUUCAAAUACUUAAGAAGCUUUAAAAGAUAUGUAAUUAUAUUUAGAUGAAAUAAAUCUUAUAGUUCAAUAAAUGCAGUUUUAACAAUUUGUACACUUUGUUGAAUAAUGUUCUACUUUUUCAAAACUCUUAUGGUUGUAAAGAAAAAAAUAACUUAUCAAAGUUUCUGAAACAAAUUAGUUUUAAUAAUGGUUUGUUAUAUUAUUUCCUAAAGUCCAAUAGUAUGGUCUGGUUCAUUUAGAUUCUACAGAAAAGGAUAAUUUUUAUUAAAUUAUAAGAGCUGUUGAAUAUAAUUAAUUAUUAGAUUGGGUAUAAAUCUCUGCCAGAUAACUGAUAAAGGAAGCCAAAAUAACUAAAGCAACAACAGAUAAAAUCAAAAAAGAGACUGCGUGGUGGAAGUCUGAUAAAAAAUAAGCCUAAGAUAUUUAUUUAGAUGAAGACGAAAUUCUGGCAAUUAAUAAAUAAAUUGAUUAGAUAUUUCAAGAGGAAAGGAAAAAAGUUCUGAGCAGGCCAGAUGAAUCAAUAGAAUAUAAAUUUUCUUUUUAAUUAAAUAAGGGUAAGUUAAAGAUCGAGAAUAAAGGAGAUGGGUUGUAAAUAUUUUUUUCUGGCAUGUAAUGUUCGUCUGAAACUCGUGUCAAUUAAAGCUGCGAUGUGAUUUUUAAAUUAUAAAGCUUAAAUUUGGAUUUAAUAAUCAAAGAUGAUACACUACCUUUUUGUUAUAAAUAAAAUGAAGUGAAUAAGAUAGAUUAAUUUCUAAAAGUUCACUUUAAAAAAAAUCCAAAACACUUUGAAGAAGAUGCAUCCAUGAUGAUUUAAGUCGAACCUAUUGAAUGCACAUACAAUAAUGAAAUAAUAAGAAAAUGGAAUAAUUUUUUUAAUAUUGAAGGAGUGUUAGAGAAUGUUGUUCAAAUAGCAGCAUAAGAAAAGUUAAAUUAAGUGAGUAAUCAAACAGCCAUCAGGUUAGAUUAGGUAAUUAACAGUUCAUAUAGAUUGGAACUAUUCGUUUUGAUUGCUAGCCCCAGAAUCAUUUUAAAUAAUAUUAUUUUUGAUUUGGGUAACCUAAGUAUAUAAAGUGAAAAAGAUUCAAGGUACUAUGAUUAUUAUACUCUUGCUAUAACAAAUCUAAAUUUAAAGUCUAAUUAAUUUGACAUACUUAAAAAUUUAUCCCUGUAAUUGUCUCUUGAAAGAAUGAAAGGAGCAAUGAAUCAUCCAGAAAAACCUAGGCUUAUUUUAAGUGGCAUAAUACCACCAGUUUCAAUCAUUUUAACUGAAAAUAUUUAGAAAGAAAUAUCUAAUUUAGAUCAAUUAAUUUAUCCUUAAAAAAGUGAGGAGGAAAAGUUAAAAAAAAUAACAAAAGAAAAAGAAUAAAUACUAAAAAAUUCUAAAUAUAAAGGGGAACUUAUUAAGAAAAUAAAUUUUUUAUGGACCAAAAGAUAUGCAAUAGUUUCAGGAUCAUUUUUAUAUUGUUAUGAAAAGGAACAUGAUUUAAAAUGGGAUGAUAGAAUCUUAUUGAAAGGAGCUACUUUAAUUGAAAAUUAAGAAUGUAUGAUAUUAUAAAACAAUCAAACUUGGUAUUUAAAACUAGAUGAAAAUUUGGCGAAUGAGCUGACAAAUAUUUUGGAUGAAUUUAAGGAAGAUGAAGGUGUUUAAAAUAAUUUUCUUGAUUAAUCCUUAAUGUAAAUUUAAUUAAAACUAUCCCUCUUUGAUUUAAAAUUAAUAAAAGCAAAUGAAUGCCUUUACUCUUUAAAGUUAGAAGAUGUAUUUUAUAAAUCACACAAGCAAACCAAUAUAUUCAAUAAUACACUAAUUUUAGGAGAUUUGGAAAUUAUAGAUAUGGUGCAUAAAUUUGAUAAUCCUGAUCUUCAAUAUUUAAUUAGAAAAGACCCAGAAUAUAAAGAUGCAUUUCUUACAAUAGAAAAUGAAAUUUUGCAUAAUUUUUCAUAAACAAAAUUUAAUAUUGGAUAAUUUAUACUGAAUUGGAAACCUGAUAGUUACUUAUCCAUUUAAUAGUUAAGCAAGCUAGGUACUAAAGCAUUUGGUAUAGAAUCUUUCAAUUUAGAGGAUGAGGAAGCGUUUUAAGUUUUAUAAGGAGAAUCUAGUGAUUAAAUAUUUUAGCAUAAGUUAGACUAAUUAUUAAAUUAAUAAUCUCAAAGAUAAAGAUGUUACAACAACUAAUUUGCAGAAAUUUUACAUAUGCUAAUUUCCAAAAAAGCAGUUGAAGAAAAUAUAAAUAGGAUCAGUUAAUUAUUUACUAGUUUUUCAAUUGAAUGUGUAUAAAAAAUAGAGUUAAAAUUAGAAUACGCCAAAGUCAACUUGGUGCAUAGACAAUCGCAUAUACUUUUAGGGUAUAUAGAUGCAUACGAUUUAAUACAUGAAGUAGAAUUUUCAUAAAAUUCAAAAUUUAUGAGUGGUAAAUUAAGAGAGUUAAGAAUAUUCGAUGUUACAAAUUACCCUAUUACAUUUGAAAAAUAUAAUCCAUUUGAAAUGGUUUACCUUAGUGAAAUAUCAUAUCAGCAUGCAAAUUAUAAUAAGGACUAUUUUUUAGAUUAAAAUGAGAUUACAACUACAUUCAAUAUUUGUUCAAUUAAUAAAAUAAUUUUAGAAUAUCAACAUCAAUAAUUUAAUAGAUUUGUAAAUUAUUUUUUGAUUUAAAUACUUUAACUUAUUUUUAAUCCUUCCCAGUUGAUAAUGAAUGACGGAAAGGAAAAACCUAAACUUGUCUGUGGAACUAUUGAAUAAUUAUUUAAUUGCUUUAUGAAUCCGUAAUUUAUGAUAUAUGAAUAUCAAUUUUAAGAUGUAUCAAUAAAUUUACGAAAAAAAUAUUAAGAUGCUGAUAAACUAUCUUUUAUAAUUAAUAAUUUAGUAUAUUCUAAUUCAUAAAUUCUUGAACCUGAAAGAUAAUAUAAUAAAGGAGAAAAUCUACCAAUUUGGAUUGAAAAAGUUGAUUUAGUUAUAAGCAAAAUUGAAUUAGCAAUCAACGAUUUAAUUAAAUCGAAAAAAAAUACUCUUAAGUGUAGUUUUAGAAAAUUACUUUUUGAAAAUGAAAUGAAAGAAUUAUUUAGUUUUAACAUUAGAAACAAUUAUGAAAUUUAAAGUUUAAUGCCUGAGUUGGAGAUUGAAUUAACAAAAAAAGAUUUUUAGCUUUUCAUAACAAUUUUAUCUUAUAAUUUUUUAACCAAUGAUUAACAAGAUUAACUUUUUAUUCAUGAUUAUCACAUUUACUCCAAAUUUAAUCCAAUAGAAAUAAGAGCCCUACUUUAUUUUGAAAUCUUUAAACUCAAAAUAGUAGAUUCAGGGAUUACCUUUCAGUUCAAAUAAACAUAAAUCGAGACUUUUUUAACUUAAAGUUUAAAAAAAAUUAUAAAUAUAUACUGUUAGAAAUUUAAUAUAAACUAAUUUAAUAUUUUUCUAGUUGGAAGCUAAGAUGAUGAUAAUAAUUACAAGGAAAUCAUGUUGCAGUUUUAUUAAUCUUAUGAAAGCUUAACUGAGACUUAAUUUAGGAAGGAAUAAAGAUAAUAAAUUACAGGUUUUGAAUGUAAAAUAGGCUAUAUCAUAUCAUCAGAUUCAAAGGAACUCAUUAUUGAUUUUGAAAAUACUAUUUGUUUUGCAUAUAGCGGAACACUACUUGAGAUAUUAAAUUUUAUUGAUUUAGAUGAAAAUUGUUUUCCUCCUGAAGAUUUGAUAAUUAAAAAAAAAUUAGUAACAAUGAUAAAUUGGAAAGGAAUUAUUGCAUAUCCAAAUGAAAAUUCAAAAGAUAAUCUUGUUUCAAGAGGUGGGAUUAAUUAUAUAUUGGAGAAAAAUAAGAAUAAUACUUCAUAGAAAUUAACAAUCACAAAUUUAGAAGUAUUUUUAUGCCCAGAAAAUGAAUUACUAGAGUAAAAAUUCAGUGAUGUAGUGAAAAGACAUAUUAUUUUGCCUAUGUAUGCUUUUGUAGGAUUAAAUGAGAAGGAAUGCUAACAAUAACUUGAUUUUUCAAUUGAGAAUUUAAAUAUUUAAGUUUCAUAUGAAGAUCUCACACCUAUUUAUGCUUCAUAUUUAUUCUAAAAAAAGUAGCUUGAAUUGCAAAAGCCAAUAAAAUAAAACAAACAAUAAGAAGAGAAAUUGCUUUUGGCUAAUGUUCAAGUACAUUAGGCUGAUAUAGUAUUUGUAUCUUUUAUUGAAAGCCCUGUACCAUUGUUUUAGUUUAUUAUUAAAGAUUAUCAAAUGAGUGUAACUAAAAGAAGGAAGUAUAUUAUGAAUUAGUAAACUUUUUUUCAAGCAUAAUUUUUCAAUUUAGACAUUGGUGCUUGGGAACCUUUCAUUGAGCCUUUAGUUAUAUUAAGUGAUCAUUCUAAAGAUAGUUAAGGUAACCCUUAAAUUUUCACUUCGAUUGUUAUCAAUGAAUCAAGUGAAUCACCUAUGAAUGUCAAUUUCACCAAAUAGAACAUAAAAUAAUUGAUAGAACUCCAUAAAAGAUGGGAACAAUCAAUUCAAAAUAUUGAAAAAAACGUUUAAAUUAAAUAACGUUCUCCUUCUAGAAUUUCUAGGAAUAAUUCAAUUGCAUAAUCAGCCAUUGAAAAAGUAGUUUGUAUGUCUCCUUAUAUUGUUGAUAAUUAAACAGGAUAUGAAAUUGAACUAACCAUAAUUAAUAAAACAUAAAAGAAAAUUGAUACUGCAAUUGUUGCUGCAUAUUAAUAAUUUGGAUUAAAAUAUGCUGAAUAAAUGGAGAAAAGGGUGCUUUCAAUUUUUAUAAGAUCUCCUUAAUCUAAUUUCAAAGAAAUAAAUAAUUUACACUUUUCGAGAAAUAAGGAUGAAUCAAGACAGAUUGAAUACAAGAUAGGAAUGCUCAAUAAAUUAACCUAAAUUUUAAUCAGAAUUGAAACUUUAGAUUAAUAAAAAAUUUUGACUAUUAGUUCAGAUAUUUUGUUUUUAAAUAAUAGUUAAUCAGAUAUAGAACUUAAAUUAAUAAAUAAAAUAACAUAAUAAUAAUUAAUUUUAAUUGUUUUAAAAAAUGAUAAAAAGUACAUUCCAAUAGGAUAUGAAUAAUCAAUGAUAUUAGUCAGAUAUUCAAAUGAUGGAGUUUGGUCUUAAGGAAUGGACCUUUAAAAACUUAUUUUGAAAAAUGGAAAUUAUAAUUUGUUUAUUAAUACUCCUUGCUUAGUUUUAAGUGUUAAAUAACCUGCAUUGACAACAUAACCAUUUGAGCUCAAAUUUGUCUGUCCAUUUGCAAUUAAAAACUUAUUACUUUUACCUAUAGAUAUAUAUUUUUGUAUUGAGGAUUAUUGUAGAAUAGAGCCGAAUCAAGCAUUAAAAAUAUCAAAUUCAUAAUUAAAUAAAGGCUUAAAAUUAAAAAUUAAAUUGCCAGGAUUUUAAAAAUCUCAAUAAAUUGAGUUAAACGAAUAAUUUAAGUAAUAAGAUUUUAUUAUUCGAGAUUUUCUCGGUUUAGAGUUAAGCUUAUAAUUAAUCCCUUUAUAUGAUGGGGAAGGAUUAAUUACAAUAGGAGUAGAUGGUGGAUUAACUAUCUAAAAUUCUUUAGGACUAGAUAUAUAUUUUUAUACUCUAAACUAAUAGAAGUUACUGAUUUAUUAGCCUGGAUAACCAAUUUUUUAAAUCACUGAUCAACUUGACGAUAAAUUGAGAGAAGAUGGGUGCUUAUAAAUUGUUAACUCUGUUGAUAAUUUAAUAAUCACCUUUGAAUAAUGCAAUUAAGAAUAAAUCCCAGAUAAAAUAUCCCAACCUAUUGAUACUAAAAUCAAUGGAUAAUUUCUUGUUUAAAUUCCAAAAGAAAAUGGUUAUAUGGAUAUAAUCAUUGAUGUCCAAACAAUUGUUGUACAUAAUAUUAGUUAAAAAAAAAUAAUUUAUCUAAACCCAAGAAUUGUAAUUGUCAAUAAACUAAAAACAAAUCUAACCAUAUUCUAGGAUCGUUGCAAUUAAGAACUCUUUAUAAUGCCAGAUGCUAAAUCCCCAUAUUUUUGGAGGAAGAUUUAAGGAUCAAAAUAUUUAAAGUUCAAACUCAAAGAUCUAAGCAGUGGAUCAAUCUCUGCUGAAAUGUAAGGAACCCUUAAUUUACCUUUGAGAAAUUCUAAAGGUUAAUUAAUGGAUUAUUUAAGUAUUAACUGUAUGGAAGAGGAUAAGAUUAAGUACAUAAUAGUCCAAGAAUCUACUCAAAAGCCACUCUAUAAAAUAAUUAAUUAAUUGAACUAUGACAUAUGCUUUUAUUAAACUGAAAUUCAAGAAUUGAAUGAAUAUAUCAAAACAAAUUUACCUAUGGGAGGUAGAGUUGACUAUUCUCUAGAUAAUCCUGGAUAUACUAGAAUGAUAACUUUAGAAUUAUAUAAAAAUGGAUAAUUCUCUGAUUUUGUGAAAGUUGAAUUAGUUAAUUCUGAUUAAACCCGUUAAUAUAAGAUGGCUGAUGAUGAAAUAUUCUAUUUGAAUACUUAGUUUUCUUUAGAUCAAAGACAAAUGAUUGUAACUAUAUCUAAUACCGAGUAACCUAACAAAAAAUUGAAUUACGACAAUAUUCUCAAUUAAUUUAGCAUUCUCAUACCAAAAUUGAAUAUAUCAAUCAUAAAUUCAUAUCCAAGAGAUGAACUCCUUGCUAUCUCAAUUUAAAAAAUAGAAUUUAUUUAAUUAGUUGAUAUAUUAGAAACUAUUUAAAUUAAAAUAUAAGAUUUAUAAAUAGACAAUAAUUAGCAUUUUAGAUGUACAUAUCCUGUUUUAGUAACAUAAUAAAAUGAAAAAUCGAAUAUUCCAUUUAUGAAUGCUCUAUUAAAAAGGGCGCACUAAAUAAAUUUCAUAAACUAUUUUGAAACUGUAAAAUUGGCUAUUCAUCCCAUCUCUGUUAGAAUAACUGAAGGGACCUUUUGUGAAUUAGAAAGUUAUUUAAAAUCUUUAGAAUGGAUUGAAGAGUAAAAGAUGAAAUAAUUGAGAGUUUGGCAAAUAGAUAAAAGUUUAAAAUAAUAAUUAUGCUUUUUCGAUAAUUUAUAAUUUUUUCCACUUUAAUUAAAACUAUCAUUUUAGAAAGUUGAAAAAAAAAAUAAUAAAUAAUAUCUUAAAUCAGCUGCUAGUUAAGCCAUAAAUUGUGAUGAAGUAAGCAUAACAAUUAAAGGUUAUGCAAUGACUAACUGUUAUACAACUUGGGAUUAAUUGUAAAAUAAAAUGAUGUAAAAUUAUAAGGAUGCUAUCUUCUCAAAUUUAUAUAAGUUAGUAGGUUCGAUUGAUUUACUUGGAAAUCCUAUAGGAUUGAUUGAAAAUGUGUAAGAAGGUUUUUAAGACUUAUUUGAAAUGCCAUAUGAUGGAUUCGUUCAAGGACCAUUAGAAGGAGGUUUAGGCAUAGUCAAAGGAGUUGGAUCUUUAACAAAAGGUGUAGUGUCUGGUACCUUCAAUUCUGUUAGCAAAAUAACUGGAAGUGUAGCUUCAGGCAUAUCAUAAUUAUCAAUGGAUGAUGACUAUUUACAUUAUAGAUAAUUACAAAAUUCAAAAAAAGCUAAAACUCUUGUACACGGCUUAGGUUAAGGGAUGGUAAGCCUUGCAUCUGGAGUAGGUUAUGGUUUAGCCGGACUUGUGACUCAACCUUAUUAGGGAGCCGAAAAAGAUGGAGUUGGAGGCUUUUUUAAGGGAGUUUCCAAAGGAAUAGCUGGUUUAGUCAUCAAACCUGUUACAGGAGCACUUGAUUUAGUGAGUAAAACUUCUGAAGGAGUAAAGAAUACAGCUAUUUUUUUUGAUGAAAAGCCUAAUGAAAUGAGAAAAAGACUACCUAGAAUAUUUUAUGGAGAAGAAUAAAUAUUAAGAAAUUAUAUGCUCUAAGACUCUGAAAUAAUGUAUAUUUUAGAUAGUAAAAACUUUUAUUAAAAAUUUUAGAAUUAAUUCCUGGGCUAAUCUUAAUUGACACAUUUGUGUUCAUGAUCACAAAGUACAAAUUUGCAUACGUAAUCACAACAAAAUAAUUUAUAUUACUAGAAAUAUUAAAAAAGCAAAUUUUGAUUGCAUUUAAUAAUGACAAUUUAAAGGCAUACGAAUCUCAAUAAAAGGAAUACAAGAUAUAUCUUUACAAUUCUAAAAUAAUUUAUAAAGAGAGAGCAAAAGUGAAGGCUUAUAUUGAAUAGAAAAAAGAAUGUUUGGUAAUAAAGCAAUCGGAUGAGAAAAUACAUUAAUUUUUAAAUGAAAAGCUUAAAUAAAUACUUUAACUUAUGCAUGAUGUUUGAA